UUCCUGUUCGAUCUCAGGAUGAUAAUGAAGAUUUUGCACAAGAAUUGGAAAAAUUAACUGUAAGCGAUAGCGAAACCUGUUUACCAACCACUAAUAAUCUGCCAAGUAAAGUAACCGAAGCAAUCGAAGCAACCAAAGUGACCGAAGCGACUGAAGCAACUGAAACGAUCGAAGAAGACAUAGUCGAUAAGGCUGAAACUUCUGAUGAAGAAAAAAAUUGGUCAAAUGUAAUUAAGAACUGGGUUGGAAUAUUAGAUAGUGAAAAUUAG